GUGCUGGGGGCGGCGCGACCCUCGGGCCGCGGGGUGGCCGGCGUCGAGGCCGGCGCGAGGGGCGGGGACGCGCAGCCCCCACCGACAUGUAACCAUGGACCGCAGGAUCAAGGAAAAUCCAGAAAGAACUUUUGAUUUGGUAUUGAAAGUGAAAUGUCAUGCUUCUGAAAAUGAAGAUCCGGUGGUAUUAUGGAAAUUCCCAGAGGACUUUGGAAACCAGGAAGUACUACAGAGUGUGCCAAAGUUCUGUUUCCCCUUUGAUGUUGAAAGGGUGUCUCAAAAUCAAGUUGGACAGCACUUUACCUUUGUACUAACAGACAUUGAAAGUAAACAGAGAUUUGGAUUCUGCAGGCUCACAUCAGGAGGCAAAAUUUGUUUAUGCAUCCUUAGUUACUUGCCAUGGUUUGAAGUGUAUUACAAGCUUUUAAAUACUCUGGCAGAUUACUUGACUAAGGAACUGGAAAGCGAUUUGAAUGAUACUCUCAAGUCACUGUAUAACCAUCCAGUACCAAAGGCAAAUACUCCUAUCAACUUAAGCGUGGCAAGUAUUCAGCUGAACCAAGAGAUAUUUAUUGCCAGUGAGCAAGUUCUGAAAGAGCAACCCUCCCUAGCACCGCAUUCCUACUUCAUUGCCCCUGAUGUAACUGGACUCCCAACAAUCCCUGAGAGUAGAAAUCUUACGGAAUAUUUUGUUGCCGUGGAUGUGAACAAUAUGCUGGAGCUGUAUGCCAGCAUGCUGCACGAGAGACGCGUCAUCAUUACCUCCAGCAAAUUAAGCACUUUAACCGCCUGCCUCCACGGAUCAGCUGCCCUGCUCUACCCUAUGUUCUGGCAGCACAUAUACAUCCCAGUGCUGCCCCCACACCUGCUGGACUACUGCUGUGCCCCAAUGCCAUACCUGAUUGGAAUACACUCCAGCCUCAUAGAGAGAGUGAAAAAUAAAUCAUUGGAAGAUGUGGUUAUGUUAAAUGUUGACACAAACACUUUAGAAUCACCAUUUAAUGACUUGAGCAACCUACCAAGUGAUGUGGUCUCGGCCUUGAAAAAUAAACUGAAGAAGCAGUCUACAGCUACGGGUGAUGGAGUAGCUAGGGCCUUUCUUAGGGCACAGGCUGCUUUGUUUGGAUCUUACAGAGAUGCACUGAGAUACAAACCUGGUGAGCCCAUCACUUUCUGUGAGGAGAGUUUUGUGAAGCACCGCUCAAGUCUCAUGAAACACUUCCUGGAAACAGCAGUUAACCUUCAGCUUUUUAAGCAGUUCAUCGAUGGUCGACUGGCAAAGCUAAAUGCAGGAAGGGGUUUCUCUGACGCAUUUGAAGAAGAGAUCACUUCAGGUGGCUUUUGCGGAGGGAACCCAAGGUCAUAUCAACAAUGGGUGCAUACGGUCAAGAAAGGAGGUGCCCUGUUCAACACAGCGAUGACCAAAGCAACUCCUGCUGUACGGACGGCAUAUAAAUUUGCAAAAAAUCAUGCAAAGCAGGGAAUAAAGGAAGUGAAGAGUAAGCUGAAACACAAGGAAAAUGAGGAAGAUUAUGGAGCCUGUUCUGGUUCUGUACAAUAUACUCCAGUUUACACAUUACACAAUGAAAAGGGAGAAAACCUAGAAAAGCGUAAACUUGCCCAGGGGUUACACCACUGCCUGUUAGUGUCCCUCAGGGGAGAAAUUGCCAGAAAUGUCAACAGAUAUGCGCACUUAAAAAGGCCUCUGAAGAGCCUUGAUAGUGCCCUGUAUGAUGACGAUGACGAUGAUGACAUAGAAAGAGCAAGCAAGUUAUCUUCUGAAGAUGGCGAAGAAGCUUCUGCUUAUUUUUAUGAAAGUGAUGAUUCUAUUGAAACAAGAGUAAAGCCUCCUUACUCAGGUGAAAUGGACUUACUGGGAGAGAUCCUUGAUACAUUGAGCACACACAGCUCAGAUCAAGGAAAGCUUGCAGCUGCGAAGAGCUUGGAUUUCUUUAGAUCAAUGGAUGAUAUUGAUUACAAACCUACGAACAAGUCCAACGCUCCUAGUGAGAAUAAUCUUGCCCUACUUUGUGGUGGUUCUGGUGACCAAGUGGAGUGGAAUCUCGGUCAGGAUGAUAGCGCCCUCCAUGGUAAACACCUCCCUCCAUCUCCCAAGAAGCGGGUUUCCUCUGGUGGAUUCACAGAUUCACUGUUUAUUCUGAAAGAGGAGAACAGUGAAAAACUCCUCAGUGCUGACAAUGCGAAUGGUCCUACUGUGGUGGAAAAGCCAGCUUCAGCUUCAGGACUGGAUUUCCAGCUAGCUCCUUCUGAAAUUUCCCAGACUGAUCAAGGAAAAACAGAAAGGAAAGAAACACUAAGCCAGAUUUCAGAUGAUCUGCUUACACCCAGCCUGGGGCGAUGCCCAUCUACUUUUGUUCCUUGGGAAAAAGAAGGGAUGGAAGCCAAGGAGACUUCAGAAGACAUUGGACUGCUUCAUGAAGUAGUGUCAUUAUGUCACAUAACGUCUGCCUUCCAACAAGGUUUAAACAUUUCAGAAGAAAAAAGAAGUGGAGACCAAGCUUAAAUCGACAAUUAAGGGUCAGCCACUUGCAUCCAGGCUUCUUUGGAGAUAUUUUAGGAUUCCAUGUAAUCUGUAAAGUAAACAGAAGUAUUUGUAGGAAUGACAAUUCUUACUACUAUUUGAGACUUAUUUUUCAUUUGGAGUAUACAUUUCUAUUUGUUCAUCUCAUGGAUACAUGUUAUCCAUUGAAUUUUAAAUGUAAAGCUAAUUCUUCUACAGCGCUCUUAAAUCAGGUACUAGCUUUUAUGUAUGUUAAAAGUAUGUAUUGAACAUAGAACUUUCCAGUAUUUGGUGCUUCAUGCCAUUCAUCUUAUUUAAACUGAGUAUGCAUAUAUAACCCUUGCAUAUAGCCAGUAGCUACUGUACCAGUCUGGUGGAGCAUGAACCGAUCAGGAUAUCAAAACUAGCCUGAAACUUUUGACCCAUUAAUUGCCUUAAUCUUAAGCCUAUAUUAAGUAUACUUAAAUAAUUUAUGGAAUUACAUGUAUGUUUUUGCAAGAUAAGUUAUUAGUGUUCUGCAGAGCAAUAAUGACUUUUCCUACUUUUGAAUCAAGGUCAAAAUUCAUCUUUUCAAAGUUAAAAGCUCUCUUGUAGAAAUAUUUAGUUUGUUUAUAGAAGGACGUUGCAGCCAUAUUUUCCAAGAAAUUAUAAAGGUACACACUUAUCUUUCCUACAGUGAAAUAUAUGAAGUGCUGAAUUACAAUGUGAAGCUAAUGACUUCUGUUUACAAAUAAGACACUUUACAAAUUUUUCAGUCUGUCUGUAUGCCUUUGCUGACUAGGCGUCUACCCCCCAAAUGCCAAGUGCAAUAUAAACUGUCAUGAUUAAAAAAAAGACAUGCCUUUUUUUUUUUUUUUAACUAGUAAUUCUCUAUCAAAAAGCUUCAUAUCAUUACCUCAAAUUCACUUUUUAAAAAUAAUUUAUUUUCUUAGAAAUUUUGGGUAUACAGAAAAGCUAAAAAGAUAGUACAGAGAGUUCUUAUGUUAUACCCCUCCCUCCAACAGUUUCCCCCAUUAUCAACAUCCUACGUUAGUAUGGUGCAUUUGUUAAAAUUAAUGAACCGAUAUUGAUACAUUAUUAUUAACUGAAGUCCAUACUUGAUUCGGAUUUCCUUAGUUGUACCUAAUGUGCUUUUCUGCUGUGGAGUCCCAUCCAGGAUACCACAUUACAUAGAGCUGUCGUGUCUUUUUAGGCUUCUCUUGGUUGCAGCAAUUUCGACAGACUUUUCUUGUUUUUGGUCACCUUGACAGUUUUGAGGAGUACAGGUCAGGUAGAUUAUAGAAUGCCCCUCUGCUGGAAUUGUCUUAUGUUUUUCUUAUGAUUAGACUGGGCUUACGGAUUUUUGGAAGGAAGAUCACGAAGGUAAGGUGCCAUUUUCAUCAUGUCAGGGGCAUGUUCUAAUAUGAUUUAUGAAUGUUGAUAUUUGCUGACCUGACUGAGGUAGAGUUUGUCAGGUUUUUCCACCGUGAGGUUGCUCUUUUUAUCCCCUUUCUAUACUGCACUCUUUGGAAGGCUGUCAUAGUCCACACUUAAGGAGUAGAGAGUUAUGCUUCCCUGCCACCCCAUGCCCCCCUUUAUGACACAGUAUUUACAUAAACUAUUUGGAAUUCUUCUGUGCAGGAGAUUUGUCUCUUCUCCCACAAAUCCACAUUUAAGCUUUGAAAUUCCUCUGAGAAGGAAUCAUGUAUUGAUUGCUUCAUGAUAAACCAAACCAAACCAGUUAUUGUGCUUCAUAAUAGGUUAGAUUAAAGACAGAUAUAAUUGGGGGGGGGGGGGACAGUGAUGUGAUAGUUAAUUUGUUACUGAUAUGUUCAGUUAUAUCUACUCUGUACAUCGCCAAUCAUGGAUGAUUAUUUUUUAAAUCAUCUUAUUAGAAAAGAUGUUUGAGAGACCAUUCGAGAACCCCCUCAGGACUGUACUCUAAAAUAUAAUUCUUACUUUAAAAAAAUCCUGGAAAGUAGUUUCUUAGUAACAUUGCUUAAAAAUGUAUAUUCAGGUCCACUUAAAGGAAAUUACAAAGUUUUUUUAAAUUACAUUUCAAAAUUUAAAUGGAUAUUUUUAUUUCGGACAGUUAUCCAUUCAUGAUUUAUAAAGGAGGACAAAUCUUGUUUUCCUUGUAAGAAUGGACUUUAUACAUAUUAAGAAAAAAAAAGUGUUUAAUCCUAUUUUUUUAACACAAAAGCAAAAUUCAUGGUUCUUGUCAAAUUUUGCCUUUAUAUGCUCAUUACAAAAUUCCAUUUUACUUUAUUGAAAUAUA